CUCCAUACUUCUCCCGUGGAGUGUUUGUAUCCUGCCUCGCUGUGCCGCCAUUAAAGCCCGCUAGCUCGGCGUGGGAGAUCGUGAAAGGGGUAAAAAUGCUUUAAAAGAGCCGAGAGGAAGACACGGGGGCUUGUGGGGGGUGGAGGCUCUCGCCCUCCGCCAUCCAACCCAGUCAAUAUGCGGCUGCUCUCGGCGAAGUGAGGGAAGCCCGAGUCGGUCGCGGCGAGUGGCCGCGUCAAGUGCACUCUCCGCCGAGCUGAGAGCCCCUGCGAACGGCGGCGAGCCUCCCGGGCGUCGGUGCGACGAUGACCGAGCUGGUGGUGAAGUGGGCCUGUGAAUACUGCACGUUCGAGAACUGGCCGUCGGCCAUCAAGUGCACCAUGUGCCGCGCUCAGAGGCCCAGCGGGGGCGCCAUCAUCACCGAGGAGCCCUUCAGGAGCACCCCGGCUCUGGAUGCCAGCUUGCACCAGUGGGAUCCGGCGGAGCUAAGCAACAGCUCGUCCCAGGAGGGAUCCUCUUUGCUCAUUUGCCCCGAAUCCAGCGCGAGACCACGCGUUCGCGUCGCCGACGCCCCUGUGACUAGCAGCAAGUGGUCUUGUCACAUGUGCACCUACCUGAACUGGCCCCGGGCCAUCCGCUGCACUCAGUGCCUGUGUCAAAGGCAACACACUGGCCAUCAAGGACGUCCGCAGGUCCGCAGCCCCACAGAGGCCCCCCAGACCUCGGGCUCCGGAUGCCGCCCUGCAUCCUCGUGCACCACCACAGACCCGUGUGAGGAGUACAACGACCGCAAUAGGCUCAACACACACGCACGCCACUGGACCUGCACCGCCUGCACUUACGAGAACUGGUCCAAGGCGCUCAAGUGUGUGGUGUGUGACCACCCGCGGCCCAACAACAGCCUGCUGGCCGAGCCCAUCCAACUGGCGUCCGAGCCCGAGCGGCAGCAGCCGUCCUCAAAGUUCAUCGACGCGGACCGGAGCAACAGACGGGGCGUCGGGAGCCCGGCGGGGGGCCCGGGAGUCGGGGCGGUGGUCGGUUGCAGCAGCAGCCAAAGGAGGUCGCCUCCUUCCUCCAAGCGCGAGUCGGAGGUGACCAUGGACUUCCAAAGGAUCGAGGUGGCGUCGGGGGCCGGAGUUGGGAUUAAAGAGGAGCCGGAGGUGGAUUACAAAAAACUGAAGCAGAUUAAGAACAGGAUGAGGAGAACGGAUUGGUUGUUCCUCAACGCCUGCGUCGGCGUGGUGGAGGGCGAGCUGGCGGCGGUGGAGGUGUACAAAACAUCAGGAGGUGACAUCGCCAGACAGCUGACGUCAGACGAGGUGCAUUUGUUGAACCGCCCCUCGGCCUUUGAUGUGGGCUUCACCCUGGUGCACCUCGCCAUACGCUUCCAUAGGCAGGACAUGUUGGCUGUGCUGCUCACUGAGGUGUCCCAACAGGCCGCCAAGUGCAUCCCAGCCAUGGUGUGUCCCGAGCUGACGGAGCAGAUCCGCCGCGAGGUGGCCGCCUCCCUCCACCAGCGCAAAGGAGACUUCACCUGCUACUUCCUCACCGACCUGCUCACCUUCACGCUGCCCGCAGACAUUGAGGACUUGCCACCAGCAGUUCAAGAAAAACUCUUCGAUGAGGUCUUGGACCGAGAUGUGCAAAAAGAACUGGAAGAGGAGUCGCCCAUCAUCAACUGGUCCUUGGAGCUGGCCACCAGGCUGGACAGCCGCCUGUACGCCCUGUGGAACCGCACGGCCGGGGACUGCCUGCUGGACUCGGUGCUGCAGGCCACCUGGGGCAUCUACGACAAGGACUCGGUGUUGCGCAAGACGCUGCACGACAGCCUGCACGACUGCUCCCACUGGUUCUACACACGCUGGAAGGAGUGGGAGUCCUGGUAUUCCCAAAGUUUCGGUUUGCACUUUUCCCUCCAGGAGGAGCAGUGGCAGGAAGACUGGGCGUUUAUCCUCUCGCUGGCAAGUCAGCCAGGAUCCAGCUUGGAGCAGACGCACAUCUUCGUUCUUGCACACAUUCUUCGCAGGCCCAUCAUCGUCUACGGAGUCAAGUAUUACAAAAGUUUCCGUGGGGAAACGCUGGGGUACACUCGCUUUCAAGGUGUGUACCUGCCCCUCCUGUGGGAGCAGAGCUUCUGCUGGAAGAGUCCCAUCGCCCUGGGCUACACGCGCGGACACUUCUCGGCGCUGGUGGCCAUGGAGAACGACGGCUUCGACAAUCGCGGCGCGGGCGCCAACCUCAACACGGACGACGACGUCACCGUCACCUUCCUGCCGCUGGUGGACAGCGAGAGGAAGCUGCUUCACAUCCACUUCCUGUCAGCGCAGGAGAUGGGCAACGAGGAGCAGCAGGAGAAGCUGCUGAGGGAAUGGUUGGACUGCUGCGUGACGGACGGCGGCCUCCUGGUGGCGCUGCAGAAGAGCUCGCGGCGGCGUGACCACCCACUGGUGACGCAGAUGGUGGAGAAGUGGCUGGACCGCUACCGGCAGAUCCGAGCCUGCGCCUCGCUGUCUGACGGCGAGGAGGAGGAGGAGGAGGAGGACGAGGACGAGGACGAGUGACCUGGGUUCUUGUUUUCCCUGACACGGACAAACUGGUGAGGAGCUUCUCCAGGAAGGAGGCAGACAUGAGAGAAAGUACAAAGCAUGUUUCUACCAGCAGCAUUCAUGUGUUCAUACACUGACUCCAAAUACUAAGCACAUUUCCAAAUUGUUGUCUUUUGGACAAAGCCAUUGUUUGGGAAAGUUGUUCUGCACACGGAUUAUCCAAUAUCACAUCUAAAAUGGAGUUUUGAAGAAGGGACAACUUCCCUUUUUUGUUUUUUAUUCAGAAGUGGACUCGCACUAGUUCUCAUUUUUAGACGUCCUAUCUUGUUCCUUUUAUUCCACAUAUUUAUUGUUUGUACUUGACCUACUUCCUGUUUGUUUAUUGUUUGUACUUGACCUACUUCCUGUUUAUUGUUUGUACUUGACUUACUUCCUGUUGUUUAUUGUUUGUACUUGACCUACUUCCUAUUUGUUUAUUGUUUGUACUUGACCUACUUCCUGUUUGUUUGUACUUGACCUACUUCCUGUUUAUUGUUUGUACUUGACUUACUUCCUGUUGUUUAUUGCUUGUACUUGACCUACUUCCUAUUUGUUUAUUGUUUGUACUUGACCUACUUCCUGUUUGUUUGUACUUGACCUACUUCCUGUUUGUUUAUUGGUUGUACUUGACCUACUUCCUGUUUAUUGUUUGUACUUGACUUACUUCCUGUUGUUUAUUAUUUGUACUUGACCUACUUCCUAUUUGUUUAUUGUUUGUACUUGACCUACUUUCUGUUUAUUGUUUGUACUUGACUUACUUCCUGUUGUUUAUUAUUUGUACUUGACCUACUUCCUAUUUGUUUGUUUGUACUUGACCUACUUCCUGUUUGUUUGUACUUGACCUACUUCCUGUUUGUCUAUUGUUUGUACUUGACCUACUUCCUGUUUGUUUAUUGUUUGUACUUGACUUACUUCCUGGUUGUUUAUUGUUUGUACUUGACCUACUUUCUGUUUGUUUAGUGUUUGUACUUGACCUACUUCCUGUUUGUUUAUUGUUUGAACUUGACUUACUUCCUGUUUGUUUUUUACCUACUUCCUGUUUGUUUGUACUUGACCUACUUCCUGUUUGUUUAUUGUUUGUACUUAACUUACUUCCUGUUUGUUUGUUUUUUACCUACUUCCUGUUUGUUUAUUGUUUGUACUUGACCUACUUCCUGCUUCUUUUGUUGACUCGAUCUUUAUGAAGACACGUUGCACAGAAAGAAGGUGAAAAGUUUACUUUUGUGAUUUUUGCGUCUUUUUCGUACCUCAAGCCUGCGACUCGGUGCUUUUCUUUCGGUUUUUUCGUGGGGAACCGAAGGCCCACGUUAAUGUUCUACUAAAGGUCAUCUGUCUUUUUGUGUGGAAAUUAUCUUCAACACAUAAAAAAACCAAAGCAGAUUUAAAACACUUCCGUUUUUUUUUGGUUUUGCUGUGAAAGUUUGGUUUGUUGUCGCCAUCUUGUAGCAUACUGUCCUUUUUAUUUGGUUCAUGUUGCUUUGUAUUUAUGCAAUAGUUGCAUUUUGUUUGGGACUUCAGGCCUGACUUUACGACAUGUAACAAACACGUGGCAAAAAAAUCAAGGACAAAAAUAAAACAUUUU